AUCUUAUGUGACCUCAGUAUUUUCUCCUAUAAAAGGAGAACUCUGAUUGGUGCCUUUCAUGCCUUGAGCCGAACAAUCUGCACAAUGAAGACUAUUCUACUCUUCGUCCUUGCUGGUCUCAGCGUUUCUCAUGGCUUUGAUUGUAUACAGAGAUAUCAAGCAGCGACUACUCUGCAGUGCCUCCAAAAUGCAUUAACGAUUACUCCAGAUUAUCUUGAAAAACUGAUAUACUUUAUAUGUAACUAUGAAGAUGGGAUAAAAAACAAUAAAAAAGAAUUUGAAGCUGCUUUCCGUGAAUUGAUAGCAAUAAUGCAAUGUGCAAGCUGCCCUCUGGAUAAACUACUUGGCACAAAUAAAUCAGUUGAAGAUCUUGUAGCAGAUAUUGGAGGUGAAGGACAAAAAGCAGUCUUUAACAUCCUGAAGGCUGCAGAUGAACUAAGAUUAACUGGAACUGUGGCACACUUAGCAUGCGGCGUGCUCAAAGGUCUUGGUACUGCUGGUGGUCUGGUUAAUCUUGGCGGUGGUCUGCUUAAUAUUGUUGGUGGCCUGGGUGGUAUCCUUCAUUAAGUCAAGAACUAAUCCUAGCUGUCAAAGAAACACGCAUUGGAUGCAUGUAGUAAAAUAGAAGAAAGCAUACAAUAAAAAAG